CGCAUCUCCCGCUGAAAUGACCAAAAUUACUUUUAACUGUAUCGUUAAAGAAUCUCCUGAGAACAUUUUUAAUGUUACCGUUAAUAAGAAGGAAAAUGUUCUCGACCUUAAGGACGCAAUCAAAGAAAAAUUACUGGAUACAUUUCGUAAGGUAGAUACCAUCGGUAUUACAGUAUGGUUCGUGGAAAUCGAACAAGAUGAUAAGAGGCUAGAGCAACUCAAAGAGGAAGACAAAUCCGUUGUAGAUGUGUUUUCCGGAGAAAAAGAAACAUGCGAGGCCAAACAAGUGCUUCUUCCAGUUGAACACUUUCUUAAGGACUUUAGAAAUGCUGGCGACAGCAAAUUCAUUCAUGUUAUUGUUCAAGGCAUAGAAAAGUGGUGUUCUACAUGCGAUAUCUCAUUUAGGGAUAACGAUCUUUUGGCUUAUCAUGAAUUCGAUUAUAAUCACAUUAUUCAUUCUGGUGGAAUCCCAAAACCUGUAAAAAAGCGGGCCAAGGGUAGGAAGCGUGAAGACGAAAUCGAUGAUGAUGACGAUGAGGAUGAAGAAGAUGAAGAAUUAUCCAAUGAUAUGAACCUUUAAGAUUAUUUGCAUCUCGGUAUAUUCACAUUUUUUGUAUGCUAUAAGCCGGCGCCCGGGCCCGGCAACGAUUUAUUUUAUUAAAUAAAGC